AUGAACGCGCCAAAAAAGACCCGAAAGCCGUCUAUCACCAAAGCUGAAAGCACUCCUCCUUCUCUCCCUCAGCAGGGGCUUCUUUAUACAAACUAUCCAGAUCUAGGAAAGAAUACAAAGGUAUACUACUCGACACAGCUAGUGGAAUCUCCCGAACGUCAUAGUUUAGUAGAGCUGAACAAACGGCGAGCAGCUAAGGAAUCUCACGCGCUCACUUUGCGGAAGCGGUCUAUGACUCACUUGUUUGGAAUAACCGCAUCUAGAAGGAACACCCUCCAGGCCUUUGAUGAGGUCAAUUCCUACACACAUUUGAAGCAGAUCAACCAGGCCCAGGCAAUACGGCUGUCCUUAGCGGGCAAAAAUCGAACAGCCGAUAGCGAAUAUGCGGCCUUGUCGGCAGUCUCACAAACGAGGCUGCUGUAUACGCAUCCCAAGGCAGAGGCUAUUCUCGGCAUGUCGCAGGUGGAACAUGAGCGCUAUAAUGCACUUCGAGCAGGUGCAGCAAUCCCACAAGGGGCACAUGGAGAAACUGUUACCGGAGCCACUCUCAUGACUGAGCUGCCACCCGAGACAUGGGGAGGCACAGAAGAUGUCAGUGGUGAGGCUGAUUGUAAGCAGGAUCUUCUUAGCGAGCAAGAGCAGCAGCUUCUUAGCACUAGGGCAACGGUCUGCGAUACUGAUGUGACAAUGAAUGCAGAACUGAGCGUCAAAGAAGCUUAUUCUGAUUACCUUACUAUCGAGGACCUUGCCUUUAGUCAUGCUGGGAAUGAGGCUAGGAAAAGGCCCAGAGCCGAACAAUUGGCUAACCUGGAGAGGCAACGGCUGAUAGCAAAGAUAGAGUCUGCGUGUAUCCCACCAAAUGUCAAAAUAACAUCAUCCAUAGGAGUCCGUGAGAUGGCACUUAAGCCUAUACAAUCCAUACCCUCUACGCUUGUCACAUCAAGUCAGGUUCUAGACCGGUCAACCCGAUCGUUGAAAAACGUUCAGUCAACAACGGCAUAUGUUAACAAGCUGGUAAGGUCUUGUACAGAGACAACCUACCUGCCUGCGUCAGGGGGUAGGGAGGACAGGAUUCGGCAUUCUAUCCCAUCUUCCCAUAGGUUUGUUACGACAGAGGCCUCGACAAUGAAAGACCUCAUUCACUUUAUUCCAGAUAAUUCUCAAGACAUGCGAAAACGGAGCAGAGAAUCGAUUAUAGAGCUUUCAGGAUCGGGAGGUCCUCGUGUUGCAGAUGUGCUUGAUGUUCUAGUUUGGUCUAGGAGAUCAACUGCCACAUAG